CACAGAGGUAGAGAGAGCCUGAGAGUCAGCGUUGCCCCCAUGUCGGUGCCCUUCUCCAACACUCCGCUGCGGAUCCCGCGAGGGUUUGGCAGUCUCCUGGAGGGGCUGAGCCGGGAGGUGUUGCGGGAACAGCCGCAGGACAUCAUCGGCUUCGCUUCCAGAUACUUCCAGCGCUUACUGAGGAUCCGAGAAGAAACCGGUGUGGACCCUGCAGAUUGGGCAGCGAGGUUAGAGGAUAGGUUCUACAAUAACCAUAUAUUUAAGGAGAAAGUUGUCCAUGUUGUAAAGGAGGAACAAGUGCUCCCUGAGACAAUCAGUACAGCCUACCUGGAAAAAGAUGAUAUGGCUAAAGUGGAUACAUCUGGCAGCCUAGAGAAGAAGGUCGUUGCCAAGUGUAUAAAGAAGCCAGUGCAGGGCACCACCUCCACCACAGAGCCCACUGCCCCCCAGCCUGAGCCGCUGAAGCCUAUCGGCAGCCCGGAGCCCAUCCACGUUGAAGAUCCGAAGAGCUUUUCAGUUAUCUCGCCCAUCUCUCUGCCAGUUACCCCGCCAUUCCAGGAAGGGCCAGAAAAAGAGGAAGCCAAAGAAAUAACUGAGAUGGCAAAGGAAGACACCACACACCAAACCGAGAAUCAAGCUGCCGUGAGGAUCCAAGCCGUGUACAGGGGCUACAUGACAAGAAAGAAACUGGUGAAAGGGAAUGCAACCGAAGCUGAUGGUGACUUGUUGCCACAGGAGUAUGCAGACGGGGGCGCUAGCGAGUACAGCUCGGAAGAAGAGUUGACUUUCGCGGACGAAGACAACUUUGGCGUGACGGGAACCUUUGGGGUCGAGGGGGAAGAAGAGCCCAGUGGCAGAAUGGAGGAUGAGCAGAGAGGAGAGGUAGUGGCCGACCGGGCAAGCGUUGGCAUUUGUGCCAGCCAGCUCAUGAACCCGCUGGAGAAAAGUUACACGAUUGAGGGAAGAGCGAGCUUUGAGGAUGUUAAUGCGGACAUUUGUGGCACUGAGCUACGUCCUGACACGAGAGAGAACAGUAUGUUUGAGGAGGAGAUAAAAAGCCGAACAGACAAUCGGGAUAUCUGUGCGGCUGAGUUGGGUUUCGAAGGUUUGACCGAGGUGACAUUUGGUGACACGGCGAAUGUUGACGGCUGUGGCACGGAAUUGGGAGGUCCUCUCGUUGGGGAAGAGAUUGAUCUUGGAACGCCUGAGAAUGCUGAUGUGUUGGGCCAGGGGGACCAUUUUGACCAAGCUCCCUCCGAAGGUGGGGACCUCAGUGAAAUUGGGCACCAAGUUUCCGACGAUGGAGAUGAGAGUCAAGAGGGCGACAUCGAAGACGAGAGAGGAGAAGAGUUAGAGCCAUCGGAAUUGGCUGAAACCAAGGAGGAAGUAUUUCAUUCGUGGACGAAACGCAGGCCGUGGAGAAAGCAGAGAGUGUGGCUGAGAAGGGGGAGGCGUGUGAGAAGGUGGUGGAGGAGGACGUGCUGGACAUCCCGCUGGACGACGAGGAAGCCAACGCCGCCGCCGCCAAGAUCCAGGCCAGUUUCCGCGGGCACAUGACCAGGAAGAAGCUGAAGGGUGGGGAGAAGGAGGAGAGCGAGCGCAAGGUGGGCGGAGCCCUC